AUGGCAGAGAUGUCGGUGAAGUGCGUCUUGGUCGGGGACUCUGCUGUGGGUAAAAGUGCCUUGUUGGUUCGCUUCACUUCAGAGACUUUCCCAGAGUGCUACAGGCCCACGGUGUUUGAGAACACGGGCGUGGAGGUGCACAUGGACGGGCUGCAGAUCCACCUGGGGCUCUGGGACACCGCGGGGAGCGACCACUUCAGGCACAUCAGGCCCCGGUCGUACGCACAAGCAGACGUCGUCCUGCUCUGCUACUCUGUGGCCAACCCCGGCUCCCUGGCCAGUGUGGAGCGCAGGUGGAUAGCAGAGAUCAGGGAGCACCUGCCCAAAGUGCCCGUGCUGGUGGUGGCCACACAGACCGAUCUGCGGGAGGUGGGCGUACACCGGGGAAACUGCAUCAUGCCCUCGGAGGGUAAACAGGUGGCCCAUGAGAUCCACGCCAAAGGAUACCUGGAGUGCUCGUCUCUGAGUAACCGAGGGGUGCAGCAGGUCUUCGAAUGUGCCGUUCGGACAGCUGUGAACAAGGCCAAGAAGAGAGAGCAUCGCCACAUGUUCGGACUUAACAACUGCAAGAUGUUCUGA